GGGAAAAGUCACGUGGCAGCCGGAAAGCGUGGCGGCUGCAAGAGCCUUUCCCUUCACCACCCCUGACCCCGGAGCUGUGGCAACAACAAUGACGUAUUUCCGUUUCCACUCUCUCUCUCUUCCUCUUCCGGUCCUCGAGGACGGCGUGCUGGUGUGGUAUUCAUCUCUAGCCCUAGUUGUGGAACGCGACCGUAGACAUGGCUAUGUUUGAGCAGAUGAGAGCGAACGUGGGCAAGUUACUCAAGGGUAUCGACAGGUACAAUCCUGAAAACCUGGCCACCUUGGAGCGCUACGUGGAAACACAGGCCAAGGAGAAUGCCUAUGAUCUGGAAGCCAACCUGGCUGUUUUGAAGCUGUACCAGUUCAACCCAGCCUUCUUUCAGACCACGGUCACUGCCCAGAUCCUGCUGAAGGCCCUCACCAACCUGCCCCACACUGACUUUACCCUGUGCAAGUGCAUGAUUGACCAGGCACAUCAAGAAGAGCGGCCGAUCCGACAGAUUUUGUACCUUGGGGAUCUGUUGGAGACCUGCCACUUCCAGGCCUUCUGGCAAGCCUUGGAUGAAAACAUGGACCUCUUGGAAGGGAUAACUGGCUUUGAAGACUCUGUCCGAAAAUUUAUCUGCCAUGUCGUGGGCAUUACCUACCAGCACAUUGACCGCUGGUUGCUGGCAGAGAUGCUCGGGGAUCUGACAGACAGCCAGCUGAAAGUGUGGAUGAGCAAGUACGGCUGGAGUGCCGACGAGUCGGGGCAGAUCUUCGUCUGCAGCCAGGAGGAGAGCAUCAAGCCCAAGAACAUCGUGGAGAAGAUUGACUUUGACAGUGAGUGCUGGCCGAGGUCUCGGGCUGUGGGCCUCUCAGCGGGGGCCCCGAGGACCUGGCUAGAUCUGUUCUUGUUCAGGGCUGGGAAGUUGGCAUCUGCCAGACUCCGCUGACCCUGUCUCGGGACCUGCUUAAGGAGGAAGGUGGGGAGCUGAUGUUCCUCUCUGGAGCUUCCAGGCCCUAUGUCCUG